AUCUCUACUUUAUAGUUUUGGACGAUGCUGGCAGAAUGGAUGACGUCGCGAGUGUUCAACUGGAAAAUGAAAAUUUACGGAAAAUAAGAUCCAGAUUGCUUCAAUGGGAAACGAAGAGUAACGCCUUAGCCGCUUUGAAUGUGGUGCAAGAAGAAUGUCUAGAACAAAUCAAUCUAGUGUGGUCACAGGAAGUGGAUACCCCAGUUCAGGAGGACAACAACACAGACUCCCAAAAUAAGCACGAUGACACUGAAGAAAAUGGGAUUGUUUCCUCCCUUAACGACUUACAACUGCCCUCUGCAACGGGUAUUGACACUACCCAUGACUUUUUGUUAUGGUAUGACCGAGUUCAUGCCGAAAUUCAAGAAAAUGCAGACAUAGCAUCUCAUCGCUACCUGCAACAACUGGUGACAAGGAGUAAUGAAUGUGCUCACAUUUUAGAGCAAAUUGAACAAGCCAUGGGUCGUUUGAAAACCCUAAGAGAUGAGUACGCAUUCGUGUCCGACAAAACUGAUGCAUUAAACACUGCAAGUGAAAAGUUGAUAGAAGAACAAGAAAAACUUCAGAAGUUGGGAGAAGAUAUUCAUAAACGCCUACACUACUUUAGCCAGGUUGAGUUGCUUAAUCAGCGUUUGCAUAGCCCCACUUUGUCAGUAGCUUCAGAAUCAUUCAGAGAAUGUUUGAACAAAAUCGAUGAUUGUCUUACAUAUUUAAAGGAACACCCAAAAUUCAAAGACUCCCAUGCGUAUACUAUUAAAUACAAACAUUGUUUGGCCAAAGCUGUUACUUUGAUAAAGAAUUAUUUCAAUACGGUUAUGUCUCAAGCAACGGAAGCUACACUACGGCCUAGAAAUACAACACCGAAUAGCAGUGGAGACAUUGCUCCUACGUCGCCUGAUGCCGCAUUUGCCCUGUACUACGGAAAGUAUCAAACUUCAGCGGCAAAAGUAAAGCGAGUUUCACAAAUGAUUGAAUCUCGUGUGGAUGUUUGCCACGAAUAUGCGAAUCUUUUGGCAGAAUUGCAGCAGAAUUAUCUGAACGAAAGAUCGACAAUAAUGACACCAUCUGUGGAUAAGGCAAUCAAAGAAAUAAAGGCUCAACAUAAGGGUGACCACUGCACAUUGAUGCGAAGUUCGUGUUCAUUUCUGGUACACGUCUGUCAAGACGAACAUCGUUUGUAUUACCAGUUUUUUGCCACCGAAAGUGAAUUGCUAACUUCCUAUUUGGAAAGCUUAUGUAAUAUUUUAUAUGACACAAUGCGUCCUUUUAUUAUCCACAUAAAUCAUUUGGAAACGCUGGCCGAAAUUUGCUCCAUUUUAAGAAUAGAAAUGUUGGAAGAACAUGUUCAGCAGAAUCCCACUCCUCUCGAAGCUUUUUCUUCAGUCGCUAAUCAAUUGUUACAAGACGCCCAGGAACGUUUAGUAUUUAGAGCGCAUUUGUAUUUGCAAUCAGAUAUUUUAAACUAUAACCCCUCAGCUGGGGAUCUGGCUUACCCAGAAAAAUUAGAAAUGAUGGAGAGCAUAGCUUUAUCCCUGCAAGAACCAGCCCAAUUAAAACGCUUUGACUCAAGAUCAUCGUUAAUAUCUACAAACUCAAACAUAACAGAUGCUGAAAGCAUUGACACGAGUGUUAGCCGAGUUAGAAAUAUGAAUUCACCAGCAGAUUUACAUGGAAUGUGGUAUCCAACUGUAAGGCGUACCCUUGUAUGCUUGUCACGCCUUUAUCGUUGUGUCGAUAGACCAAUAUUUCAAGGAUUAUCACAGGAGGCCUUAAAGUUAUGUAUACAAAGUGUUUCAUCAGCUGCUACAAAAAUAGCACAAGCCAAGACUCCCAUCGAUGGCGAAUUAUUUGAGAUAAAGCAUUUGCUCAUAUUACGUGAACAAAUUGCGCCAUUUCGAGUGGACUUUACAGCUAAGGAGACUUCCUUGGAUUUUAGCAAAGUAAAAACAGCGGCAUUUGGCCUGUUGCAGAAACGAAAACAGCUUUUUUCGAUGGGAAGCAAUAAUGCGUUACUAGAAUUUUUGCUUGAAGGUACGCCACAAAUUAAGGAACACCUCUUAGAUUCUCGGAAAGAGGUAGAUAGGCAAUUGAAAUUGAGUUGUGAGCAGUUUAUUAAGGACGCCGUGCAAACAUUGGCUGCACCACUAAUUACAUUCCUGGAUAAAGCCCAAGUUGUUGUAAAUAGCGAUACUAAAACCGGUAAAGAUCAAACGCAACAACAACCCGUAACAAAAAUAAACUAUACAUUGCGUCAAAGUACUUGGGCAAGUCCACAACAAAUUAGCAGUGUCAUUCAGGAAACUCAGCGCCUAAUCAAGACCAAAUUGCCGGCCCUACAAAGAUCUAUGCAAUUGUAUUUGAGUAACCGAGAUACUGAGUUUAUCAUAUUUAGACCAAUUAGGAAUAAUGUAAUACAAUCAUUUGUAAGAUUGGAGCAAUUGUUGACGACGAAUGGAUAUAGUGCCGAUGAUAUGAUCAUUACCAGCUGUCCUUCAGCAGAGCAGGUCUCUAUAUUACUUUCGAGUGCCAGUAUUCUCGCUGCUGAGGCUAUUGUUAACUUCUCCGCUUCGCAGAGUAAAAUAAGCGCAUCUUCUAGUGAAACUGGAUGCCCCACACCUCCCAGAAAGAUUUCUUUGGACAAGAAAGUUAGCUUCGAAAGUUGCACCAAUGUGCCCAAUCAUAUGGAAAAUUUAACAGAAGUAUCGGAAUCUUCGGGCAAUAAUAGUACUGUGACUUCACCCACAGCCCAAUCACCAGUACCCCCUCCUUUGACAUCUCAGCAAUUGCCGGGACAUUAGACAAAAGAUUUGAUAUGUCAAUCAAAAGCAACCAAUCAUUACUGAUAUAAAAUGUGUUGUAAAAACGAAGUUUUAUUUGUUAAUUUAAAAUGUGUAAUUUUCUUUUAUUAUUAUCUUUACAUAGUACUAAAACAAUAAUAAACUUAUGCAAUAACAAAUCCAAA